GUCCUCGGUCUUGGUAUAUGUAGGGACAAAAGCUUCCAAUUUUCCCCGGACCAGACUCAUCCAGAUUAGAACUCGAGCAUCUUCGGCUUUUCUACUCCCUGCUUUUGCGCAGUAUACUCCUAAUCAUUCUUCUGUUUUCUGCCUUACAGUCUUGCUAGAAGCAAGUACCUUAGAACCAUGGAAACAGUUCUGCACAUGCAGGGAAGCACCAGCUCUCCCCUGACACCUCUAUUUCUGAUCCACGCAGUCUCAGGGCUUGCUUUCCCAUAUCUCACCCUGGGAGAUCUCAGCCCUGCAGACAUGGAGCCCGAGAAAGCUCGUCCAGUGUAUGGUAUCUCCUCUCCUCUCUACAACUCCUCCUCGUACCGUGCGCCCGGUUCCUUCGAGGAGCUUGCGCGGCAGUAUGUCUCCAUGAUCCAAGAAAUCCAGCCGGCUGGACCUUACCUUCUUGGAGGCUGGUCCAUGGGCGGGAUGAUUGCGGUAAAAAUGGCAGACCUCCUGCAGGAACAGGGCGAGACGGUACUUCACGUUAUUAUGAUUGAUUCUGCAAACCCAGAACAGUACCCUGCUUUCGUGGAUAACGAAGAACACGAUUUUAUCGCAGAUAUGGCCUACAGCGCCGUUGCUCAGAAGAUGAAUUUGCCAGGUAGCUCCCAUUCCGAUGGAAUGUCCAGCGACAGUGACCAGGACGACGAUGCCGACGUUGAGCUCGAGAGUAUGCUCCUCAAGAUGCGGAAACACAUCUGGGAGAGCAUAGGGGUCAUUUCGAAGACCGAACCGGGCCAGCUUCUGCCAGGCAAGUGUAACACUUCCGUGACCCUGAUCAAGUGCAUCAAGCUCGCACCCGUGGUGCCAGCCGUGCGAUUGGAGAGGAAGAAUUUUAUUCGCAAGUGCUUCCUACAUCCAACAUUGCGAUGGCGGGCCAAGCAGUUCAACCAUUUCCGAACCAUCCUGUUCAAUGCAGAGCAUGACGACGUAUUCGACUCAAAGCAUGCUCCUGAAUUGACGCAUAUUCUCCGAAUCGUCCUUUCGAGAAUUUGAGACCUUCCCUCCUCCGUCCCUAUCUCUUUCCGUUCAUUAAUCUAUGUCGACUUUUUUUCCUUUGUCUCGGGGUCCUGGGAGCAUUUGCUUUGGAAGAUUGAAUUGAGAGCUGGACAUCUCCGUGGAAUGGCUGGACUAGACGAUUCAGCAUGUAUAUAGACUCGAGGGCACUUUAGACAAGGGCUGUCCAUUUCUAAGCAAUAUAUCACUAUACAUGCAUCAAAUCCUUU